GUUGUACGGAAUGAUUAUUAUGUUUUUAGUGACUGUAUUUGAAUAGUUCAAUACUUCGUUGUUCAUGAUGUCCGAUUUCUACAAUGUUAUUAUUCAGUGAGCAACAGUCGAGGAGCGCGGCUACAUUUACGAACUUAUAACACCACUCAGAAAAUUCAGUAAUUUUCACAUUUUGAGUAGAUUGUUUCUGAUCAUAACUGUGAGAUAAAUAUAAUUAUCGGAAUCUUUGUUCCUCAUUAAUUUCAUAACAAAUGUGAAAAAUAGAUCAGUUAUUUAAAAAAAAAUGAAGCCUUUUAUCAGACAGAUUUUCGUGGCGAGCUCACAGCAGCUGGCCGCCGUCUCUGUGGGAGCUGUCAUAGCGUACCCUAAUGUUGUCUUGGAGCAGCUGAGGUCGGAAGCUUCUAUGAUAUUGGAUAUGGAUUUGCGAACCUGGAUAGGUUCUACCCACGGUCUAGUGGGCAUCCCUUGCAUUUUGAUGCCGACUUUCAUGCAAUGGAGAGGACGCAAAUUAUCCUUCAUCCUCACUUGCUUACUGAUUAUCAUUGGCUGGGCCUGGACAGCAGCAGCCAGUAAUGCAACGCACAUUAUCAUCGGCGAGUGUUUCCACGGCCUCGGAGCGCACAGCCUGGUUAUAGUGAGUAACUGUGUUAUCAGCGAGACCUUUCUCCCUAAUAUCAGGACUGUGACAAUGGCUACGUACACCGUAUCUCAGAGUUUUGGCAUGUCCAUGGUCAGUAUAAUUGGGAGAUUCGUGCACUGGAAAACUGUUGGCUGGAUAAUGAGCGUGCCAAUACUUGUAGCUUUGCUUAUCAGCUGUAUGUCCCCGGAGACCCCGUCCUGGCUCGCUUGGAAAGGAUAUGACGAUAAAUGCGCAAAAGCUUUGAAAUGGCUGAGAGGGACUGGUGACGAUGUCGAGAGAGAAUUAAACGCAUUAUUAUGCACCCAAAAAGAAAACAAAGCCUUUACCAAGUCAAUUAGAAAACGUAACAAUUUUAAAGACUUCCUGACCCAGAUAUCAAGGCGCGACUUCUACGUGCCAACUCUUCACACUUUUGUUUAUUUUUGGACGUUUUACUGGAGCGGUACCAUGGUUGUCAUUAUUUACGCCAUGGAGAUUAUUAGGAAAUCGACAUCGAACGAAACGGCCGCCUUCUACUGCAUGAUUUUCGUUGAUAUUGUGUUAUUUAUCGGAUGUCUCUCAGGAACAUUUCUGUUGAAUUCGUUUAAAAACAAGAGCAUUUUAUUAACUAGCCAAAUUAGUAGUGCCACUAUCCUACUUAUUUCUGCGGUAACAAGCUAUUUGCAAACAAAAGAAGUAAUUUCAAAAGACUCAAUAUUUUUGGUGUAUUUAAUAGUAGGCUUCGUAUUAUCGUAUAGUUUUGGCAUGUCAACAUUAACAUUUUCAAUGCCAAUAGAACUGAUGCCGUUGAAACACAGGGGGAUCGGCGGGGCUCUGUAUGUCAUAUUCAUUGGUACACUACACUCGGCAUCUUUGAAAAUAUCGCCAUAUAUGUUCCUGUACAUCGACCUGUGGGGUACGUUUUUGAUAUACGCGAUCAAUGCUAUGUUUGGCGCCUACUAUGUGCAUACGUAUGUACCUGAGACUAAAGGAAGGAGCCUGCAUGAAAUCGAAAGAUAUUAUAACAGUGGCCGAUUUAUAACAGAUGAGAAAGACAACGAAAAUUGUGAGAAUAUUUCCCUUUGAUUUAAACAAAGGCAAAAAAUAGAGAAGAAUUAAAAAAAUAAAAACGAAUGAUUUGUAAUUAAGUACUACGAGCAUUCUAAUAAAGAAUUUCUUCAAUGUACGUACAAUGUACACACUUUUGUUACAUCGAGACAGUUAGGAACACGAUAAAGUUUAAUAGUCUCUUUGAAUGUCUAGUACUCGAAUUAUGUAGUCUUGCCUUUUUAUAAAAUACGGCGUCCUGUACGCAAUUUGUUAUAAUCCGAUGUAGAGUUCAUCGUACAUCCUACAUUGAACCAAAAAAAUAUUUUGGAAUUUAAAGUAAGUCAGAAUAUGGAUACAUUAGUGUACGAAAAAGUGUAACAAUGUAAUGACGACAAAGUAAUUCGUAUAUUAACAUUUAACAUUACGAAAGAGAUCAGUAGAUCACGUGUGUCUGAUGUUUACAUAAAACACACGUGAACACUUUCGCUCGCAGUUCCCAGACAACCCAACGACUUGCUUUCCAGAAGUUGCGUAAUGACCUUCACAUUCAACUGGUGCACAAUAUUAUAUGUUAGCACUUAAGAUUGGAGGCUUAAUGAGUAUUGUACGAUACGUAUGUUAAAAGUAUUCGAAACUUCAAUCUGCUACACGUUUUAUUAGCAACGAAUAUAAUGAAAGCUCACAUCAAGCUCAUUUCAUCACGUUUAUAUUAAUUAUAUCGAGAAACAAGAAAAAAAAGACAUUGCUCAAAAGAUCUAUUGUUUGUCUUU